AUGUCACGACCACAUUUGCAAGCUUUACAAAGCUGCACAAUUGAGCAUUAUCGAAAAGAUCAAAUGGAGAAUCACCAUUCAAAGUUUCAUGGGAAAAUUGAUUCCAACCUAAUGGAAGAUAAAACUACGCAAUUAUUUAGUACAUGUCAAGAUCUAUCUAUGCAGUUGCUGGGGACAGCAGGUAAUACACCAGGACCAACUGCCGAAAAGGCUCAGCUUGCAUAUAAUGAGUCAUUAGCAACUUAUGCUAUGAAUCAAAGCAGAAAAAGAAAAAGAUAUACAAUUCCAGACGUGUUCGCUUCAAAAGAGUUAAGAACAGCAAGUUCAUCAUUUGCAAAAAUUUCCUGCCAAAAUCUUUGCAAAUUGGAAUCGAACUUGCGCUCUCAAAAAUUGGCAAAACCAUAUCAAUCACUUUUAAAUGAACAGAAUAUAAAUUCGAACGUUGAAAAUAGCAAAAAUUUUUCACCACAUGUAUAUGAAUCGGAGUCGCUAAGAUUAACGUCAAGUUCACAGCUUCCAUCACCAGUAUCAAGUUCGGUAAAUUCUGAGGGAUCGAAAGGCGCCUCUGAUACUAUUAAAUUAUCCAUGGAUGAUUUUUUGAAGUUCAAUAGAUCGAGAUAUCGAGUACACCACAUGUUUAACUAUUAUUGUUCUUAUAUCAUUUGGCUGACGGAUAAAUUCUUCAUUCGGAUUCGGGGUUUACACGUUUUAAAUCAUUUGGCUAAAGAUGUUGGUAUUAAUAGAUAUGCGUGUAAACUAUGUGAUUUUGGUCAUGAACGGUCACAGUCAGUGCAGAUACACUCAAAGCGAGAGCAUGGACAGGAUGAUUGUAUAGAAGAUCGAAUUCAGCUUUAUGCGAAAGAAGUACAAGAAAUGUCCGAAAAGUGUUUCGGGUUCCAUGCUUUAUAUGGUCAAGAUUGUAAAGGACGAAAUAAAAUUCCCGUGACUGAAGAAAGUUGUAACGAAGAUAGUCAAGUAAUAGAUCGUUCUUGUACGCAAACAGAUCAUUUGCUACCGAAAUCUCUGCCGCAUACUACAUCAUCAAUUGCCUCCCGGUUUCGUAAGCUAAAAUCUCGUCGUUUUGGCAUCCGUAAACAGCCAUCUCGAUCAAAGCGAAAAGAAAUGGCUAUUUUGAGAGAAAAAAGUAUUAAAUUUGGAGGUGCGCAGUAUAUUAGAAAACGAACAAAUGAGACUGCGCAAUGUGAAGUAAUUCUAAAAUGUGGUGUUGAGAUAACUUCUCGCUUAAUCCAUCAUGCUUAUACUCAUCUUAAUAAAAAUCUGUUUCUUUGCCCUAUUUGCAAUCUUGGAAGCUCAAAUAGAGAUACGAUGAUUCGACACAUUCGUGAUAUACAUGAUUCCAGUUUCAAUCCAACUGAUGAUCGGAUCACUUAUGCCAAAGAAAUUAAAGAAAUCAUAAAAGCAUGUUUCUCUGAUUUUUUCGUUGAUGCUCCCCUACCAACAACGGAAGAUUACGCAAAACUAUAUUUUGAACCUCAUCCUCCAUUGCACAUGAUUUUUUAA